AUGACUUGGCAGAUUUACUUGUUCGUCUUUUUGGCUAUUAGUUGUUCUGAUGGACAUAUCGUUGUGGAUUCAGUUUUUGAUCAGAUAAAAGAAGACAUUGUCCAUCUGGAGCAAGACUAUAAUGCAACUCAAUCUGAUGUCGCUGCGGGUAAACCUCUUUUCACAAAUAAACUACACAACACCCUGUGGUCAGAGGGCAGAGAAAAAAAAAUCUUACUUGCUCAGAUAAUCUCCAUGUACUGGAAGAUGUUGAAAAAUUCAACCAAUAUUGGAACUGCUAAACAUGUCAUGAAAAUAGUAAAUGCCCUGGAAUUAUAUAAAGACAAAUACAAUGAGAGCUUGAAGAAAGCAACUGAUAUAACUGAGUUGGCAAAGCUUCCGAUGAGCGAUUUCAAACUUCAGCGCAAGGCGGUAGUUGAACUGUACUCAGUUUUACAGGAAGUGAACAAAGAAGAGAACCAGAGAAAGAGGAGAAGUAAGAUAGUCAAUCCCCAACGCCAGCAGCGACUUCGACCAAACCGUAGAGGCUAG